AUGGAUAGACUUGGUGUGAAGACCCCCUUAUGGAAGAAGGAACAGGACACCCGGGCCAGGAAGGCGGAGCGCGAGGAAGACCUGGAGGGUUCGGGGGAGGAAGAGGAGGAGGAGGACGAAGCGGGGGCGCGCGGGUCGGGGACGCGCGGGUCCGGGGCGCGCGAGGCGGGGGCGCGCGAGGCCCGCGAGCGCAGCUCGGUGUCCUACUGCCCGCUGCGCCAGGAGCCCAGCACCCAGCAGGCGGCGCUGCAGCGGCGCACGGACCUCGGCUUCUGGAGCUGGCUCAGCCCCUUGGCGCUGCUCGCUAGCCUGGCGGCCCCCGCCGACAGGAAGCGGAGCCCCCCGGAGGAGCCAUGCGUGCUGGAGACGCGGCGGGGGCGGCCGCGCCACGGGGGCUGCGCGCGCUGCGAGAUCCUGUUUUGCAAGAAAUGCCAGUGUCUGCACUGCCAUCCGGCCUAUAUAGCUCACUGUGUCCUGGAGCACCGCGAUCUGGGUAAGGUGGAGACCCCCCCCCCCAGCUAGGGGAGGUCUCAGUACCCCCACUUCGACCUUU